AGGAACCCGCCGCGGCGAGGCACGCCGCGCGCAGCAGCAACAUGCUGGCAAGCUUGCGAAGACGUCCACAAGUAAACCCAACAUGGCUGUGAAAAACGUUUCCGGUCUGCUGGACCUGCUGUCGGGAAGGGAGCCUCCAAAGUGCAGGCGGGCUGAGACUGGCCUGGAGCUAGGGACCGCGGAAGCCACGCUGGAGGACAUGCUCGUGGCCGGCGGGCGUCCGCUGCGACGGCAGAAGACUGCGAUCGGGGUGACACGGCGCUUCACUUGAUGGUGAAGCGCUGCCUGCGGCGACAAUAUUACCCAGACCCGCCACAGCAGGCGCGCCCGGCUGCGGAUGGCGCCUGCCAGCACUCAAGGCGGGCUCGGUACUUGAGGAGGGCGCUGCCGGUGCUGCUGCAGGCCGGUUUCGACCCAAACACCCCAGACGCCAAGGGCCGCACCGCCGUGCAGCUGCUGCGCAAGGGCCUGCAGCACAAGCGCUACAGCGAGGAGCGCGGGGCGGAGCUGCGGCGGGCCGGCCGCCGGGCGGAUGCAGCGGGGCUGGCGCGCAUGCGGAAGGCCAUCCAGCGGGCGCUGGCGGCGUGCAGCAGCAGCAGCGGCAGCAGCAGCAGCGGCAGCGGUGGAGGAGCAGGAGGAGCAGGAGGAGGAGCAGGAGGAGGAGCAGGAGGAGGAGGACGGGGAGGCGGUGCCGCCGCCGACACCGGCGGUGGUGGCGGCAGUGCUGAGAAGGAGCGUAAGCAGCAGCAGCGCCAGCAGCAGCGCCAGCUGCGGGUGGCUGGUGGCGGCGCGCCGAAGCGGCAGCGGCCCCCGCCGCCUGCUGCUGCUGCUGGGGAGGGUGAGGGCGGCGGCGGCGAGCGGCCGAAAAAGGUGCUGCGGCGCAGCAGCCCCCCGCCGCCCGCCUCACCGUCGCCUGCUGCUGCCUCACCAGGGCGUGACGAGCGCUACAGCCAGCUGCUGCUGGCCGCCGCCAGUGCUGCCGCCGCCGCCGCCGCCUCAUGUGGCACAGGCGGCGCAGGUGCAGCAGGUGCAGCAGCAGGUGCAGCAGCAGGAGGGGGGGGGGAGCAGGAGGAGGCGGAGGAGGAGGAGGAGGAGGCGGAGGUGGGGCCCGCUCCGGUGCUGGGUUUCAGCCGCCAGUACAGCAGCACACGUGUGACGGAGCUGCCUUUUGAGUUCACCAGCUGGAUGUGCCGGCAGCCGGGCUUGUUCGUGGGCAGGCCGGAGACGCUGCGGCAGCUGCUUGUGUGGAGGGUGGUGCGGCCGGUUGCGCCGGCAGGCCUGCCGCUGACGCCCAUUGCGGCAGCAGCAGCCCGCUGGUCCGACCAGGAGGCGGCGGCGGCGGCUGAGGCGGCACUGGCGGCGGCAGCAGAGGAUGCGGCCAAGACCUACGUCACCGGCUACGAGCCGGUGUGGCGGCCGCAGCCGGCCACGGAGGCCGAGCUGUGUGAGGCGAGGGCCGCCGAGCAUGAGUUCGGCACCCGCUACUUCGGCUGCCGGCUGAGCUGCCUGCCUCAUAGCUACCUGGAGUGGAUGUGUGCCGGCCACGUGCAGUUCUGGGACCUGUCCCAGCCGUCCAAGCGGCUGCUGCUGCGGCGGCUGGAGGUGCUGGGGCGGCUGCGGUAUGACACGGAGACGGGCCGCGUGGAGGUGGCGCACUAGCUACUAGCUACUAGCGGUGGGUGAUGGGCGCGAGGGCACCUUGGCCCGAGAACGCCCGCUUUGGUUGCUUUCAGGUGCUGCAGGCGCGGUGGUUGGCCUGGGCGCGACGCUAAGUUUUUUGUGUUUUGGCCGGCGGAUGGGCCCAAGCACCUAUAGUGCUAGCAUCUUGCUUACGUACGGGUGGUGGAUAGCGAAGAGCGCCACAGAGUACGCUGCUGGGAUCACUUCUGCCGCUGUAGGCACAGCUGUAGGGGACCAUGACCCUGCACGACCAUCCUCAAUUCCGCUGUGGGCACCCCAGCUAUGUUCGGGCGCCGAGGUACAAAGUCGGAAUGUCGAGUAACCGUGGCGAUCUAAAUGGUAUGUAGGAUAUGUGCAUGAUGCGGUGUCUGGCCGAUAGCUAGGGACGGCCGACUGGGGCCAGAGAGGACGGGCCAGGGACGGUACCCCAAAUGGACGGCAAUUAAGUGGGGGUUGUGCUGGAUAUGUACCAACUAUGCAUUAGGUUGACGUUGCAGCGAAUGUGGAAGCAGGGGGCGUCGGGGAUGGUCGGGUAACAGCCGCGGCAGGUGCCGAGGGGUUGCAGGUUGCAUGUCAGCGAUAUCGGGGUAAGAGCUGGACUGCAUGUCAUUACAUAGCCAUCAAAUCGGGGCGCCGGUUUGGUUAAGAAAGGUUGAGCUCGGACAGCACCUGAAAGGUUGAGCACGGACGCAUACGCGCACAGGCGCUGUAUGCAACUUUGACCGGCGAGCUGCGAUGGAAAUACGCCCGCG